CUUCCCACCCAGGGCUACCAUUGGCUGGGUAGUGGAAUGUUGACCAAUCACAGCUCAGGGACGUGAUCGCCACAUUGUCCUGGGAUCGCGGGAGGGGUAUAUACAGGGAGCCUGGAGUUAGUUGACUGUUGCGAGACCUUGAGCUGCGGAAGAUGAGUCCAAAGCCGAGAGCCUCGGGACCUCCCGCCGAGGCCAAGGAGACACAAAAGAGGAAGUCCUCUCAGCCGAGCCCCAGUGGCCCGAAGAAGAAGACUACCCAGGUGGCCGAGAAGGGAAAAGCCGCUCGUAGAGGGAGACGCGGAAAGAAAAGGGCUGCGAAAAAGAUGGUGGCUGUGACGGCACCUGAGGCGGGGAGCGGAGCAGCGGCACCCGGCCCCCGUGACCAGCCCAGCCAGGAGCUCCCUCAGCACGAGCUGCCACCGGAGGAGCCAGUGAGCGAGGGGUCCCAGCACGACCCACUGAGUCAGGAGACCCAGCUGGAAGAACUACCCAGUGUGUGGACGGCCGAGUACUCCCCUAUAUCCCCGAGCAGCGACUAAGUUCAGGCCCAGGCGCCAGACCUCAGAGAUCUCACCAGCAGGGUGCUUCCCCUGCUGAUGACAAUAAAAUGAAUGUGUUGCAAACUGA